AUGGCGUAUCUUACGGGAGGAAUUGCUUUCACAGCAAAAAUUCCCAGGACUUUCUGGGCAUUACGAAGAGAUGCUGGAACGUUUGCUAUACCCCUGCGACGGUACCAUUCCUCAUUGUCGACGGGAUCCUUUUCUCUCAAGUGUUCAUUAUCCAAUCAAUCGCAUAAUCAACAAAUACCUGUUCGACUCUUCUCAACCACUCGACGCACCUACUCAUCCUCUAAAUUCACAUACGGUAUCUCAGCCUCCUACUGCGCCAAAGAAAACCGCUAUUCCCCCAACAAAAACCUCACUACCUUCAAUCCCUACAACCCCAUACCAGUACCCCUCAAACCCGCCGACCGCAGACCUGCUUCUGGCCAAGAUGCGUUCUUCGUGGCGCCCAUAUCUAAUACCUCGGACAUCGCCCUCGGAAUCGCAGAUGGUGUAGGAGGUUGGGUUGACUCUGGCGUCGAUCCCAGUGACUUCUCGCAUGGUAUCUGUGAGUAUAUGGCACAUACGGCUUCAGUUUCGAACAUAAUAGAUGAGGCACCCAUUUCCGCGAAAAGGCUUAUGCAGAAGGGUUAUGAUCUACUAUGUGCGUCAGGCAAAGUGCGUGCGGGGGGUAGUACUGCUGUUGUCGGAAUAAUCAAUUCCGGAGGGAAUAUGGAAGUUGCGAAUCUGGGAGAUAGUGGAUAUAUACAAUUGAGGUCGGGAGCUGUGCAUUCGGCGUCGGAAUACCAGACUCAUGCGUUUAACACGCCGUAUCAAUUGAGUUUGGUACCAGAGGCAGUGAUAAAACAAGCGGCAAAGUUUGGGGGAGAACAGUUGAUGGAUUCGCCGAGGGAUGCAGAUGUUUUGAGUAAGGAGUUGAAGCAUGGAGAUGUGGUUGUUUUUGCUAGUGAUGGGGUUUGGGAUAAUUUGAGCGGGGGAGACAUUCUCAGAAUUGUAAGUAAGAGGAUGAGGAAUGAAGGGGCUUGGGUCAAUGGGAUGGGGGAUAGAGGAAUUGCCGUGGGAGAAAGGCUUGGAGAGUGGAUUGAAGAGGGUAGUGCUGAGGGGGGAGAUAAGGAAGUGCUAAGUUUGCAGAGUUCAUUGGCUGUUGAGAUUACUGGGGAGGCCAAGACGGCAAGUCUUAGUUUGAGGAGGGAUGGCCCAUUUGCAAGAGAGGUUCAGAGAAGAUAUCCGGAUGAGAAAUGGAGCGGCGGGAAAUCAGAUGAUAUCUGUGUGGUUGUAUUAGUGGCGGUCGAGGAGGGGAAAUAA